ACACUUCCUGUUUUGAAUAUUCAUUCCUCAUUCAAAGCGUAUCCACAAACACACAGAGGUCUGUUCUGGACGAACUGCUCAUCAUCAUUUGACAGCUGAGAUGGGUGUUGGUCUGAUGCUUGUCGCUUUGCUCAUCGCAGUGAUGCAAGGUGUCUUCAGUAAAACCUGGGAUGUGACGCUGCCUCAGAGCAUCACGAGCAUGACUAACUCCUGCGUCACAGUUCCGUGUCACUUCGAGGUCCCGGACGAUCAGGAAGCAAACCUCCUGAACUGCUCAGACAGGGGUCUUUGGAGGAAAGGGACACUCGCUGGUCCCAUCGUGUUAGAUUCACAAAAUCCUUUCAAUAACCAAGUACAAGGGCAAGUAGUUGGGGACUUAACAAAGAAGAACUGCACCACAGUGUUCUCGAGCUUCCCAAAGGACUACAGCGACAUGUACUUCUUCAGGCUGGAAUGUCUGAACACCAUCAAAUACACGUUCAGUGUUGGAGUCAUGAUCACCUUUCAGCCAGCCCCGCCUCCUCCCACGCUCACCUUUGUGAGUCAAGUGUCAGAGGGAGCCCAGGUGAGGCUGCAGUGUUCGGUCCCAGUGCCGUGCUCCAUCCUGCCCCCCUCCCUCACCUGGCUCCCCCGGGACACCUCCAGACAGGAGGACACUCAAAUGCUGCAGACUGCAGAUGGGCACAUGAUGAUGACAUCCACACUGACCUUCGUGGCCACAGCCGACCAUCAGAACCAGAGCAUCGUCUGCUCAGUGUCCUACCCGCUGUCAAAAGGGGGCAGCACUGAACCGUCUGCAGCAACUCAGAGACUCAACAUCCUGUAUGCUCCUAGAUUCACUACGGCAACACUCAGCACGUCUGGUCCUGUUUCUGAGGGACGCACUGUGAUCUUCACAUGUUCAAGUGAUGCCAACCCCCCUGUGAGCCGCUACAGCUGGCACAGAGACAACCGUGGAAUACUGACUAGGAUGGGACAAGGAGAAACGCUGGUCCUACAGGUCAGCCAGGAGGACAGUGGGGUGUAUCUGUGCGAAGCUCAAAACUCAAGGGGCUCUCACCGGUCCAGACCGUUGUCUCUGGAGGUCAUUGCCACUAAAGGCAGAAGUGAGGAUUUAAUGGUGGUUCCCUACAUUAUAUGUGGAGUGGUGUUGGUCCUCUACAUCCUGACUGUUGUUGUCGAUUUGUACAAGUAUCAAAGUCUUUCCAGGAGGCUGAAGCAGAUUGAGCUGAAGGGGGAACACACCUACAGUGAUCUGAGGACCGUCAGUGUCACCUCUGACUAUGACCGACUCCAGUUUCGACAGCCUAAAACGAAGCCGCCUCCUGAACCUUCGGACUAUGAGAAUGGCGUCACCCUGCAAACCGUUUUCAAAAGUCUGCCACCGCCAAAUCAGACCUGAAGGCAUGAGUUGAAGUUUUCGAUAAAGUGGUUUAAAUAUAUACGUUAAGUAGCUUCUACUCUGUGUUCUUUAUCUACUUGUUCGAAGCAUCAUGCUUAUUUUUAUUUAGAACUUUUUUUGCACCAUUGCAUAUAAUUCUACUGUAGAUAUCUCACAUGUACUUUUGUACAAAUUUCCUGUUGUUCAUACAUUUGAAAAAUAUAUGAUGUGAAACUAUAUAAUUAUUAAUCAUCUUCAGACCAUCAUCAGGACACUUUUAGGGUUUUUGGUGAUGUAACUGCCACUUUCCUUUCCCUCCAGCUUCGUGGCUGACCAUGUGUAUGACACACAACAUGGCGAUGUCACCAUCUGCCUCGCUAAUUUCCUGUGAAAUAAAAACAAAGAAGCUGA